AUGUCCUACAAGUAUGCAGAUCUCUCCGAAUUCACCUACCACCAGCCCGUCACCAGUCAAUACCAGACAUACAAUUAUGAAACAUCUUCUUUUCAAUUCUACCCCAUUACCUAUUCCCAAACCGAUCUGACCGAGGGCCAAAAUCAGGACAACAAAGAGCCCGCUGCCGACCCGGAAAAGGCCCCAGACUCUGAAGAAGCCCCUGUAGCGGAGCCAAGUGCUACGCCAGAUGAUGCUCCAGCUGCUGAAUCAACAGAUCCAGAGGCUGCGCCACCAGCCGAAGCUGCACCCGAAGGGGAUGCUCCUAAAGAGGAUGCUCCCGCAGAGGAAUCUAAAGGGGAAGCAGCCACAGAGGCAGAAAACCCCGAAGCUCCAUCAGAACCUGCUGCAGAAGACCAGAAGCCUUCAGACGAGGCAGCGCCCGAAGGGGAAGCAAAAUCUGAGGAGCCCAAGUCUGAAGAUGGCGCAAAGCCCGACGAAGAGGCAAAACCCGAUGAAGAGGUAAAGCCUGAAGAAGAGGCAAAGCCUGAAGAAGAGGCAAAGCCUGAAGGUGCCGAAGAGGCACCACCUGCUGGUGAGGACGCCAAGAAGGAGGGCGUUAGUGGCAAUGAUGAUGACGACUUUCCAGAAUGCACUCCAGAAGAGGACGCCGAAAAGGUAGCGGCCGAGAAGGAGGCAGCUGCCAAAGAGGCAGCUGAGGAAGCUCAGCAAGACGGCGGUGAUAGCGCUCCUGCAGAAGCACCUUCAGAACCAGCACCCGAAGCCCAGCCAGAGCCAGAACCAGAACCUGCAGCAGAGAAGUCAUCAUCAAAGAAGAAGAAAGAUAAGAAAAAGAAGGGUAAGAAGGGCAAGGCCGCCGACCCAGAGCCAGAGCCAGAGCCAGAGCCCACACCGGAACCCGCAGCAGAACCCGAACCAGCGCCAGAAGCGGCCGAAUCUGCACCAGAGGCCGAACCUGCACCAGAGGCUGAGGCUGCACCAGAGGCUGAGGCUGCACCAGAGGCUGAGGCUGCACCAGAAGCUGCCGAACCUGCGCCAGAAGCGGCCGAACCUGCGCCAGAAGCGGCCGAACCUGCGCCAGAAGCGGCCGAACCUGCACCAGAGGCCGAACCUGCACCAGAGGCCGAACCUGCACCAGAGGCCGAACCUGCACCAGAGGCCGAACCUGCACCAGAAGCGGCCGAACCUGCAGCGGACCCUGAACCAGAAGCAGCUCCAGCGGCCGAGGCUGAAAAGCCCGCCGAUGAGACACCUGCCGCCCCCUCAGAAGAACCUACAGAGCCUGCAGCAGAUCCAGAGCCUGAAGCGGCAGCACCAGCGGAGCCUGAGCCUGAGAAGCCCGAGGAAACCCCAGAACCCGCGCCUGUUGAGGAGCCAGCCCCAGCUCCAGUAGAGGAGCCAUCCGGAGGCAAGAAGAAGAAGAAGAAGGGCAAAAAGGGCAAGGCGGCGGCGGCAGCAGCGGCGGAACCUGAGCCUGCACCAGAACCUGCACCAGAACCUGCCGCUGAGCCUGAGCCAGCCGCCGAGCCAGCUGCUGAGCCUGAAGCAGCUCCUGAACCUGCCGCUGAGGCAGAACCCGCCCCUGCACCAGAGGAGGAUAAGAUUGCCGAGGAGCCCGCUGCCGAGGCGCCUGUUGAGGAGAGUAAACCAACAGAGCCUGAACCGGAAGCUCCAGCCGAGGCGGCUGCUGUAGAACCUGAAGCUGAGAAGGCCCCCGAAGAGCCUGCUGCCCCAGAGGCUGAAACUGCCACCGAAGCUGCACCCGAGCCUACUCCAGAGCCCGCUGCUGAGCCCGCUGCCGAACCUGCCCCAGAGCCAGCAUCAGAGCCAGCUGCAGAGCCCGAGCCUACUCCCGAACCUGCUGCAGAGCCGGAACCUGCUGCUGAGCCCGCUGCCGAGCCUGCCCCAGAGCCUGCUGCUGAACCAGCUGCUGAACCAGCUGCUGAGCCUGCAGCCGAACCUGAACCCGCCCCUGAGCCAGCUGCUGAGCCCGCCGCCGAGCCCACCCCUGAACCUGCUGCAGAGCCAGCUGCAGAGCCAGCUGCCGAACCUGAACCCGCUCCUGAACCAGCACCAGAGCCAGCUGCUGAACCUGAGCCCGCCCCUGAACCUGCUGCUGAACCCGCUCCUGAGCCUGCUGCCGAGCCUGCUGCCGAGCCUGAGCCCGCCCCAGAGCCAGCACCAGAGCCUGCUGCCGAGCCCGAACCCGCUCCUGAACCAGCACCAGAGCCAGCUGCUGAACCUGAGCCCGCCCCUGAACCUGCUGCUGAACCCGCUGCUGAACCCGCUCCUGAGCCAGCCGCCGAGCCUGAGCCCGCCCCAGAGCCAGCACCAGAGCCUGCUGCCGAGCCCGAACCAGCUCCUGAACCAGCUCCGGAACCUGCCGCAGAGCCUGAGCCUGCCCCUGAGCCUGCUGCUGAGCCGGAACCUGCUCCUGAACCAGCACCAGAGCCAGCUGCCGAGCCCGCCGCCGAACCUGAACCGGCUGCUGAACCUGCUCCGGAACCUGCCGCUGAGCCCGAGCCCGCCCCUGAGCCAGCACCAGAGCCCGCUGCCGAGCCCGAACCUGCUCCGGAACCUGUCGCUGAGCCCGAGCCCGCCCCUGAGCCAGCAGCAGAGCCCGCUGCCGAGCCCGAACCUGCUCCGGAACCUGCCGCAGAGCCUGAGCCCGCCCCUGAGCCAGCAGCAGAGCCCGCUGCCGAGCCCGAACCUGCUCCGGAACCUGCCGCCGAACCUGAGCCCACCCCUGAGCCAGAGGCUGCAAGAGACCUUCCCGCUGAGCCCGAAGCUUCUCCUGAGCCAGCUCCUGUCAGCGACGAAGUAGCGCCUGAUGAGACUGUUCCAGCAGAACCCGAGCCCGAAGUGGAGGUUGUUGGCGCCGUACCUGUUGCCGAAGGAUCUCCCGAGGAUGAUGCCGCUCGACGUGCCCGACGUCGUAAGAGACGUAGUCCAGUUGAGCGCGAGCGUCCAAUCGAGCGUGAACGCCGACACUCGAAGACAUCAUCCGAGGGACGUCGCGACGGGCUUGAGCGUCAGAAGAGCGAGCGCAGUGUUCUCACUAUGCGAUGGACGAAGGCGCUCGAAGAAGCGCGACGUCAACACGACGCCAAAUCGCAAAGGGACAGAAGAGAACGUGCUCUCAUUGAAGAACGCGAGCGCAGCGGAAUUCCCCCCUCCGAGAAGCCCAGCCGCUCAAAGAGCUCGGCUAAGGAGAGAGAGAUCUCGCGAGAACUCGAGGCUGGUACCAUUCCUAUGGAACCCAGGUCUAGACGUCGCGAUUCUGAGACACCAAGUCAACCUAUUGAGCGCCAGCGCUCGACUAGGACUUCCUCAGCGAAGCAGGUGUCGUCUUCUGCGCCAACGGGCAAGCCUCGUGCUUUCCUGCGCUACAUGACGGAGGGCGAGUCGGACAACAAGGGACACCCUCUGUAUAUCAACGCCACCAAGGCUUCUCCGCCUGUCGAAAGGCCUCGCCGCACUUCGACCAGUCAUAGCACUGGUAGUGGCAGUCGCCAUGAGCGUGCUGAUCAUGAGGACGGACACUCGGUCGGUCGGUCGAGUGGGUCUACUUCGCGUCGCGAAGCCCGCCGUGAGGCGCGCAGGGAUGAACGUCGCCAUGAGGAACCUCGUCUUGAGCGUACAGAUACCCGGAGGUCGCAUCGCUCCAACGCCGAGCAUGGCCGGUCCCGCGAGAAGGAGAAGGAGAAGGAGCGGGAACGUUCUCGCUCGCGCUCCCGUGCCCGUGAGCGGGAUCUCGAACGCGAAGAGAAAGAGCGAGAGCGCGAGAGAAGACACGAAGGUUCUUCUCGGCGGUCUAAGGACUCGAGGGAGGUUCGAUCUCACCGUCGCCACAGACGUGAAGAGUCGCCGCCUCCGAGAGAGUCCAAGAUCAAGAGUAUCUGGAGGGCCAUUGCUGCCCACUAA